AUGGAACAAUUAAGAAAGGCGCGAAGUACUGCCAAAGGAAAUGUCACCAGAAAAGCCAACAAGCUUAAUGAGUUAUUGACAGCGUGCGAUAAUGUUGACACAAUAAAGGAAAUUGCAAAUGAUUUAGACGAGGUUUCCAUACAAUUUCAAAGCGCACACGAAGCGUAUCAUAGCUUGCUUAAGGAAGAGCAAGACCUAAAUGAUUCAACUGUCUAUUUCAACUCAGUCGACGAAUUAGUCUCAGAACUCAAAACGAAAACUAAUCUGCAAUCACCCAAAGCACAAGCGAAGUACCAACCGAAAGAGACACCAGUAAAGCAACAAAGGCAACAGCUUAACCCUAGUGUACCUCGGUGGCUUCCAAAUCAGUCAUCUUUACCUCAUCAUCAUGACGGCUACCCACACGAUUAUCCACUUCAACGCCUAAUGGAGACUCAAGACCGUCAGAGUAGCGCCCUCCAGCAGAUAGUGCAACAGCAACAACAAAGUGUCAUGGCGCUGACGUUACCACAACCAACGAUAAAGGCAUUCAGAGGAGAUCCCAUAGAAUAUUGUGAUUUUAUUCGGGGCUUUGAGCAUCUUGUCGAAGUGAAAACGCCAAGUUCCAGUGCUCGCCUAUACUACCUGAUCCAGUACACAUCAGGACCUGCCCAAGACCUUAUGAAAAGUUGUCUGUCGAUGAACCCAGAGCAAGGCUACACAGAAGCAAGAAGGUUGCUAAAAGAAAGAUACGGACAGAAAUACAGAAUCGCCGCAGCCCAUGUGCAGACCUUGACAGAAGGACCAUCAAUUAAAUCUGAGGACGGAAAUGCUCUUCUACAGUACUCCAUACAACUCACCAGCUGCACAAAUACGUUGAAAGAAAUUGGCUCUCUAAGCAAGCUGGAUCACCCUGAAAAUCUGAAGAAAAUUAUCAACCGGCUUCCUUUUGGCAUGAGAUUAAAAUGGCGUGAUACUGUCGACCGUAUUAUAGAGAAAGAAGGAAGAGACGUGACGAUUGAGGACGUGACAGAAUUCGUGACUGCCAAAGCGAGAGCAGCUACCCAUCCGAUUUUUGGAAAGAUCGUGAAUGAAAAUAAGGGAAAACAGGAAGACAACAAAGGAAAGCGACAAUUUGGUUCCAGAGCGAGCGGUUUCUCAACACAGGGAGAACUAGGAAAACCGAAGAAGAGUACAUGCCCGUGCAAUGCAAAUCAUUGGCUAUCGCGUUGUGAUAAGUUUCGCAAACUGUCUCUUGAGGAAAGAAAGAAAUACGUGAGAGACAACAAACUGUGUUUAAAUUGCCUCACAAGUGGUCACUUCGUUCGCUCGUGUGCAAAGCAAAGUUUCUGUAAGGUAGAAGGAUGUUCAGGAAAGCACUCAACCUUUCUUCACCCAAGGUCUACUCAAACUGAUGGAGAGAACAACAGAGAAAGGACGCCUCCAAAACCGCCAACAAAGGAAGAAGAACGUGAAAAUAGUUCCAGUCCAGCUAACAACGGUUAUGUAAAGAUUUCUUCAAAAUCAAGCCAGUUGAACAGUUCCUCGGUGACGGGUCUUGCUAUCGUUCCAGUUCGAGUGAAGGCAAAAGGAAGAUCUGAAGUGGUCGAAACUUACGCAUUCUUGGACUCGGGCUCAAACACCUCGUUUUGUACCGAAAGUCUUCUCAAGAAGCUCAAGGAUCAAGGAGAGAAGACCAAGGUAUCCUUAACAACAAUGCUUGGUGAAGGAACUCCGACAGAAUGUUCUAUGGUUAAGCUAGAAAUCUUUGAUUUAGAUAAUCAAAAUCGAGUCGAACUAGCGAAAGUGUACUCAACACCAAGUUUACCUAUUCGCUCUGACUGCAUCGGUAAGCAAGAAGUCAAGACGUCAAGCGCUGGCCACUUCUAAAAGGAAUAUCUAUCCCGCAUAUCGAGGCCGAGAUCGGUCUUUUGAUCGGCAGUGAUGCUCCAGAGAUUCUGCAACCUCAGGAGGUACGAAUGAGCGAGAGCGGAGGUCCCUUUGCAACAAGAACACUGCUAGGCUGGGUUCUAAAUGGACCACUCGGAAGAGAAGCGAUCGAGGUGCCGACUGCGAAUUGCGUUCAAGCAGACAAUAGUCUAAAUCAGCGUUUCGAAGACUUUUGUAAUAUGGAGUUUAAUGACGUGACCUACGAAUCGAAAGCUUCCAUGUCUCAAAAUGAUAAGAAAGCACUAAAUAUCAUGGAACAAUCAGCGAAGUUAGUGGACGGUCAUUAUGAGAUCGGACUACCAUGGAAAAAUUAUCCACCGAAUCUGUCAAACAACCGAUUACAAGCGGAGAAACGACUUUUCUCACUAAAGAGACGACUUCAACACGAUCCAUCACUAUUAGAGAAGUACAAGCAGUUUAUGGACGGUCUACUAAUCAAAGAUCACGCCAGAAAGGUAUCCAAUCAAAAUCUCGGACCUUUGAAAACCCAGUGGUAUCUCCCACACCACCCGGUAUUCCACCCACAGAAACCUGAUAAGGUUCGAGUCGUGUUUGACUGCUCUGCCAAACAUCGUGAUACCUCGCUGAACGACCAGCUGUUACAGGGGCCGGAUCUCACGAACACUCUCAUCGGUGUAUUAACCAGAUUCAGAGAAGAACCGGUGGCGUUGAUUGCUAACAUCGAAGCGAUGUUUUAUCAAGUGCGGGUCCCCCCGAGCGACUGCGACGCCUUAAGAUUCCUGUGGUGGCCUGAAGGAAACCUCUCCAAAGAGCCAGAAGAAUAUGAAAUGAGAGUUCACUUAUUCGGUGGGGCAUCAUCUCCAAGUUGUGCUAACUUUGCACUGAAGAAAACAGCUAGAGAUAACGAGGCAGAUUUCAAUCCCAAGGUCAUCGAAACGGUAAAGCGGAACUUUUACGUCGAUGAUUGUCUUAAGUCAGUCAGCGAAGAGGACAAAGCCGUUGAUCUUGCGAAGCAGCUGCGCGAACUACUUGGCCGAGGGGGCUUCAAACUUACGAAAUGGCUCUCCAACUCGAGAAAGGUCAUCGAGUCCUUGCCUGAAUCUGAAAGAGCUUCCAUAGUCAAGAAUCUUGAUUUCAACAGUUGGUCGGUUGAGAGAGCGCUUGGCGUCCAAUGGAACAUAUCAUCAGAUCAAUUUUGUUUCAAGAUUGUCAUUAAAGAUCGACCAGCGACGAGAAGGGGUAUCUUGUCGAUUGUCAGUUCUGUAUACGAUCCGCUGGGGUUUGCUGCUCCAUUCAUUCUUCAAGCCAAACUCAUUCUCCAAGAUCUAUGUCGGAAGAAGUUGGGGUGGGAUGAAGAAAUUCCCGAGGAAUACCGCAAUCGCUGGCGAGCUUGGCUACAAGAGCUACCGAAUCUGGAACAACUAGCUGUUGAUCGAUGUUUUAAACCCACUGUUCUAGGAGAAGUCAACGACACUCAACUACACCACUUUGCAGACGCAUCACAACACGGGUACGGAGCUGUAACGUAUCUUAGAGUUAAAGAUAAAGAUGGAAAUGUAAAGUGCUCGUUCGUGAUGGGCAAAUCAAGGCUUGCACCUAUCAAACCAAUCCCUCGUAUGGAAUUGUCAGCGGCAGUCGUAGCAACGAAGCUAGACAAAAUAUCACGUCGAGAACUAAGUUUUCCGAUCGAUCAAUCCUCCUUUUGGACUGACAGUACGUGUGUGUUACGUUACAUCGAGAACCAAGACAAGAGAUUUCAAACGUUCGUGGCGAAUCGAGUCGCUGCCAUCCACAACUCAUCUUCCCCAUCCCAAUGGAAUUAUGUCAAUACCGAGCUAAACACAGCCGACGAUGCUUCAAGGGGCGUGCCAGCAAAUUCUCUCGAGCGUUGGAUUCAAGGACCAGAGUUCCUAUGUCAAUCGAACGAAGACUGGCCAAAACGACCAGCCGAAAUGAACGUGAAUGUUGAUGAAGCCGAUCCUGAAGUCAAAUCACCCAUUGUAUGUGCAAGUCAUGGUUCUGAUCCAAAUCCAGUAGUAAGAAUGAUCGAACGUUAUUCGUCUUGGAAUCGUCUGAAAAGAAUUACGGCGUGGGUGCUUCGGUACAAGGCGAAUCUACUACGUGAAAGCAAGAAACGAAAGGCGGGGGAAUUGGUCGCAAUUAAGUCAUCCGGUCCGAUUGCUCCUAUCGACGUAGUCGAGAUUCAAAAUGCGGAAUCUGAAAUCCUGAAGUACAUACAAGGGCAAUCGUUCAGGGAGGAACGCGAGUUUCUUAAUAAAAUCAACCAGCAAACAAUGUGCUCGAGAGGCGCAAAGCUACUUAAGAAGUCAAGCAAAAUUUUCAACCUCGACCCAGUGGUAAACGAAGGGCUUUUACGCGUUGGAGGCCGCCUGGGGCGAGCACCAAUUUACCAAAAUGCAAAACAUCCCGUUAUCCUACCCAAAAACCACCACGUAGUCACCCUCAUCGUGAACCACUACCACCACCUUUCUGGGCACUCAGGCCUAGAAUAUACUUUGUCUCUGAUACGACAACGAUACUGGAUCAUCAACGGAAGGAGGACCGUACGGAAAAUCCUUAACCAGCAGUGUAUCAGUUGCAAGAAACGACAAGCACCUAUGUCUCAACAGAAAAUGGCUAAUCUUCCGGAAGAUCGAACGACGCCUUCGAGGCCACCUUUCACAUACACAGGAGUCGACUGUUUUGGGCCGUUUGAAGUGCGACGUGGCCGUACCACAGUAAAACGUUAUGGUGUUUUAUUUACCUGUUUAACCAUACGUGCUAUUCACCUCGAAGUCGCAAGUUCAUUGGACACAGGGUCAUUCGUUAAUGCCCUACGUAGAUUUAUCGCGAGACGAGGACAACCCGAGCUAAUUCGGUCGGAUAACGGCGGCAACUUUGUGAAAGGAGAAAAAGAGCUACGCGAGGCUGUUAAGGAAUGGAACCAAUCGCAGAUUCAUGACUUCCUACUGCAGAAUAAUAUUAAGUGGAUGUUUAAUCCUCCAACCGGUUCACAUCACGGCGGUGUUUGGGAGAGAUGCAUCAGGACGACGCGAAAGGUGAUCAAGGCGGUGAUCAAAGAACAAGUAUUGGACGACGAAGGAAUCAACACUUUAAUGUGCGAAGUCGAAGCGAUCGUGAAUGGGCGACCUAUUACUAAGCUUUCUGACGACCCACGAGAUAUGGAACCUCUAACCCCUAACCACCUAUUGAUGCUCAGAGCCGGACCCUCAGUUCCACCCGCUUCCCUCUCCAAACAAGACGUUUACGGUCGGCGAUGGCGUCAAGUACAGUACUUGGCAGAUGUAUUCUGGCGACGUUGGGUUAAGGAGUAUCUCCCAUCCUUGCAGUUACGGCAGAAAUGGAACAAGCAGCAGAGAAAUUUCGCAGUGGAUGACAUCGUGUUGGUCCUUGAUGAUAAAACUCCGCGACAUUUCUGGCCACUCGGACGAGUUUUGGAGGUGUAUAUUAACCGCAAUGAUGGGCUCGUACGUUCAGUGAAGUUGAAGACCAACGUCCGAACUUACAAGACCAGUUAACAAGAUUGUGCUGUUGGAGGGAGCUGAUGUCACCCAAAACGAUAAGUAGACAUUUUGUGCAUGAACAUUAUUAAUAUAAUUAACGAUAGAACGUUUAGUUAUUUCUUGUUUGUUAUUUCUAUUGACUUUAGUUUCGUUUCAAAACUUUAUAUUAUUAUAAGGUAAAGGCCACUCAUGGUUUCGCCUUUAAGGGGCCGGAAUGUUAGUUUUAAAACGCGAAUAUAUUGUAAACGUCAUCACCUUAAUUAACGCGACGCAAAUUAUGCAGCUUUAUUUGACAUUAUGUCAAUCUAGUUGCGCCUCCGGGAUCGAAUUUUAGAUAUAGUUGCGUGACUCAAGGAAGGUCAAGGCUCUAGUACGUUCUGUUGUGUAAGGACAAAGUUUUGUAUCUGUGGACGCUAUCGUGAUAGCUGUUGGUAAACUAUUUCUAUCCACAUUGUAUUCUACGUACUCGCUGUGGUUUUCAAGCCAAAGUUAAAGGUCAUUGGUGCGCGUGUAAACCAACGUGAGUACACAUUUGACCUUUCUUUUGUACAGUUGCAAUCGUAGGUUCUAUAUGUUGUUAAAUGAUUUAGUUAUUGUAUAUUCAGUUGAAAUAUUCACUUAUGUUUAGUUAAUGCAUGUUAGGGUAUGAUAUAGUUCAUUUAUUGAUAGUUAUUGCGUAUUCGUGCGAUCGCGUGAUUCAUGCUAUAGUCACGCAAACAGUAUUUUCAUAGUUUAAGUAGAUAUUUUUCAUUGUCAUGUUAUUUAGUUCGAACCGAAAAACGAUACGAUAAUCGAUAACCGAUUGUAUACGACUAUAUCGAUCUUCUAUUCUCGUGAACAUUUUGGAUCCGUAUUAUAAAGUAUAACCUUAUUUGCGAACUGUGUCUGUGUUCAUUUGCCUAUCAUCUAUCGAGUUCGAAAAAUCUGCGCACCAUACAACCCGAAUGUAAUCUUAUUGGUUUACAGUCAAGUAAUUUCAAUUGUUAGUCCACUUCAUUUGUUGUUUUCUGCCAUUGGGAUUACACCGUGGGCGUCGGAAAAUAUUCAUGUUAGCGAUUUCACACCACGUUUUUAUGCUUAUACACAAGCGUUGCAGACGUAGAUAUUUAUAUUUCUAAUAUUAAACUUACCGUGAAUUUUCAGAAUUUGUGCUUCGUAAAGUUCCUUUUCGUAUUUGAUCUCUACUUUCGCACCUUCGUAUAACGUUUGGUUUAAACCCAGUAUUCUUUUAACGUUGCCGGUUGGCAAAAUGCACGUAUGGUUUUAUAUCUUCUUCGAAGAAACCCAGUGACAUACGUUUUGGUUGACGGGUAAGCGAUCGAUACCUCAUUUUAUUAGUCUGAUAGUAAUACGGAUCGAGUGAUAUUAGUCUGAGCUCUUCACUUCAGCUUUAACGAAUUAUACUGCAACUUUGAAAAUCAAGCGAUGAGUCACAGUCAUUGAACCGUGUUGAAACACAAAGACUGUUUCCUGGACAUGUAAAGGUAUUCCAAUAAGGGAUUAAGAGAAGUCAUUUGUCAAUUUAUAUGACAUAUCACCAUAUGUGCAUUUACUUUGUUUUGGAAAAACAACAAAAACUUGUUGCUGUAAAUAGUUAUAUAGUGGCUCGUAUAGUAAUGAUAUUUUAUAUGAAAAAUCAAAAGCACUAUAUAUAUUGUAAAUGAUCAUCUUCAUUUUAAUAUGCUGACGAGUUACGGAGACAUAACAUUAUUCAAAUACAGAAUUGCAUAUCAACUAAUCGGCAAUCUUCUUCGAGGUAAGUCAGAAUUUGAGUAGCAAAUGAAUGUGUUGCGAGAUAUAUACUCGUUGUAGUCGUGAUCUCACUGAGUUUAGUAUAUGUGUCUACAUUAUAUUUAUAUAUAGUUUACAUGUAUGUCUAUUUUACGCUCCAAUAUACAGUCAUAUACGCUUCAAUCACCAGUCAAGUACGUGUGAUUGCAUUGUGAAAGCACUACGCUUACCGUAGUAUAACGUAUAACAUUAUAAAAUGGUAGUACUAAAUGUAACGCUUAGGUUCAAUGAAACUCGUUUUCGGAUUCAACUUUUUAUUCUUUGCUUCUCCGAUCAGUGACACUGAUCUGUAUUCUCACGACAAACUACGA